AAAAUGCUUCUGCAUAUAUUUCUAUUAACAAUAAUAAUUAACCUUAUUGAAAGUGAUGGUGAUACCAAACAAGCUAUUGCAUUUACCUCGAGGUUUUUGAUACGCCGAAACGAUUCCAAUUUUUUGGAGUAUGGGGGAAGCCGAUAUCAUUUUAAUACCGAUUUUGAGGGAAACUUUUUUGCUGCAUAUCAGUUUUGUAAAUCACGCAACAUGGAUCUGGUAAGCAUCGAAACGGAAGCAGAAAACGACAGGAUUCAACAAUAUUUAAUAGAAAAGGGACUUCCUUCGCCGUAUUCUAUACAAUUCUGGACCUCAGCGGCAAACACACUCCAAGGAGGCAAAUGGAUGUGGUUGGCUACAGGCAAAGAAGUCAAAUAUUUUAAUUGGGGUUUCGGUGAGCCUUUAUUUGUGCCGAACUUCGAAAACUGCAUUGUUGUGAGAUUAGGUAAAGAACAUGGAGUAACAUGGCAUGAUCUUAAUUGUUUGUUACCCGGCUACGCUAUAUGUGAAUAUCCCCUGUCUUGUACUUGUUCUUUGUCGAAGGUGUAUUAAGCAAUAUUACUGGAUUACACAGGAUACAUGGAUUUUUUUAAUAGUAAAUUUAAUAAUUUUCAUUUACGUUAAAUAUUUGUUUCAUUUGUUAAAUAAAGGAGAGAAAAUUAAAAUUAUUCAUAACA